ACCAUGGGUAACGCAGCCAUGUGUAAGGUGUGCGGCUCUGAUAAGGGCUUAAUAGCUGUUGGGAGGCAAUCCAACCUGGACCAGAAUGCUCCACCAGAAUACUACUGCAUGGAGCACCUCCCUGUGCAGCCUCCCCUGAUGCUGUCGGACAGUAAUACCAGUUUCCUGCGAGCGGCGAGAGCGGGGAACAUCGACAAGGUUUUGGAAUACCUGAAAGGGGGAGUGGACAUCAGUACCUGCAAUCAGAAUGGUCUUAAUGCACUGCACCUGGCAGCCAAGGAGGGCCACAUGGACCUGGUCCAGGAGCUUCUGGAUCGAGGGGCAGCCGUGGAUUCGUCCACUAAGAAAGGAAACACAGCACUUCAUAUAUCGUCUCUGGCUGGUCAGGCUGAGGUUGUGAAGACUCUGGUGAAACGAGGAGCUGAUAUCAAUGCGCAGUCUCAGAAUGGCUUCACUCCUUUGUACAUGGCAGCCCAGGAGAACCACAUGGAUGUGGUGCGGUACCUGCUGGAGAACGGAGGCAACCAAAGUACCGCUACAGAGGACGGCUUUACCCCUCUGGCCAUCGCCCUCCAGCAGGGCCACAACCAAGUGGUCUCCGUCUUACUGGAAAAUGAUACUAAAGGCAAGGUUCGCCUGCCGGCCUUACACAUUGCUGCCCGCAAAGAUGACACCAAAUCAGCCGCCCUGCUCCUCCAGAACGAUCACAAUGCCGACGUCCAGUCAAAGAUGAUGGUCAAUAGGACUACUGAGAAUGGCAAGAGUGGAUUCACGCCGCUGCACAUUGCUGCCCACUACGGAAACGUCAACGUGGCCACACUUCUGCUGAACCGCGGGGCAGCCGUGGAUUUCACUGCAAGGAACGGGAUCACACCCCUGCACGUGGCUUCUAAACGAGGCAACACCAACAUGGUUCGCCUGCUGCUGGACCGAGGCUCUCAGAUUGAUGCUAAAACCCGGGACGGUCUGACUCCCCUUCACUGUGCAGCUCGGAGUGGACAUGAAACAGCUGUGGAGCUACUGCUGGAGCGAGGGGCACCUUUGCUGGCCAGGACCAAGAACGGGCUGUCGCCGCUCCACAUGGCUGCACAAGGCGAUCACGUCGAGUGCGUCAAGCACCUGCUGCAGCACAAGGCUCCUGUGGACGACGUCACGCUGGACUACUUGACGGCACUGCAUGUGGCGGCUCACUGUGGUCACUACAGAGUCACCAAGCUGCUGCUGGACAAGAGGGCCAAUCCCAACGCCAGGGCUCUGAACGGCUUCACUCCGCUGCACAUCGCCUGCAAGAAGAACCGAGUUAAAGUGAUGGAGCUGCUGGUCAAAUAUGGAGCCUCCAUCCAGGCCAUCACAGAGUCUGGUCUGACCCCCAUCCAUGUAGCAGCCUUUAUGGGUCACCUGAACAUCGUCCUGCUGCUGCUGCAGAACGGAGCCUCGCCUGAUGUCAGCAACAUUCGGGGGGAAACGGCGUUACACAUGGCAGCCAGGGCGGGUCAGGUGGAGGUGGUCAGGUGUCUGCUGAGGAACGGAGCAAUGGUGGAUGCACGGGCGCGGGAGGACCAGACUCCGCUCCACAUUGCGUCCCGACUGGGGAAGACAGAGAUUGUGCAGCUGCUGCUGCAGCACAUGGCCCAUCCUGAUGCUGCCACCACAAAUGGCUACACCCCCCUCCACAUCUCUGCCAGGGAGGGGCAGGUGGAGACCGCCUCAGUCCUGCUGGAGGCCGGAGCUUCGCACUCACUGGCCACCAAGAAAGGUUUCACUCCCCUUCAUGUAGCCUCCAAGUAUGGAAGCCUGGAUGUAGCCAAACUCCUGCUUCAGCGUUGUGCACCUCCUGAUUCUGCUGGAAAGAACGGCCUCACCCCACUCCAUGUUGCUGCUCAUUACGAUAACCAGAAGGUGGCGCUCUUGCUUUUAGACAAAGGAGCGUCGCCUCACACCAUGGCCAAGAAUGGCUACACUCCUCUGCACAUCGCGGCUAAGAAGAACCAGAUGGAUAUUGCCACGGUGUUGCUGCAGUACGGGGCAGAAACCAACAUCCUGACCAAGCAGGGUGUCACUCCGCUCCAUCUGGCCUCCCAGGAGGGCCACGCCGACAUGGCUGCCCUGCUCAUCAACAAGGGAGCCCAGAUCAAUGUCCCCACCAAGAGUGGCCUGACCGCCCUCCAUCUGGCAGCUCAGGAGGACAAAGUCGCUGUUGCUGAGAUCCUUUCCAAGAACGGAGCCAAUCUUGACCAACAGACUAAAUUGGGCUACACCCCUCUGAUUGUAGCGUGUCACUAUGGUAAUGCCAAGAUGGUCAACUUCCUGCUCCAGAAUGGAGCCAGCGUCAACGCAAAGACCAAGAACGGAUACACUCCCCUUCACCAGGCCGCCCAGCAAGGAAACACACACAUCAUCAAUGUUCUGCUGCAAUACGGUGCCAAACCAAACGCUAUCACUGUGAACGGGAACACUGCGUUGGGUAUUGCUCUGAGGCUGGGCUAUAUCUCUGUGGUGGACACGCUGAGGGUCGUCACCGAGGAGAUCAUUACAACCACAACGACGGUGACGGAGAAGCACAAGCUGAACGUGCCAGAGACCAUGACCGAAGUACUCGAUGUUUCCGAUGAAGAGGGUGAUGACACAAUGACGGGUGAUGGAGGCGAGUAUCUGAGGGCCGAGGACCUCAGGGAGCUGGGAGAUGACUCCCUGCCAGGGCAGUAUCUGGAUGGGAUGAACUACCUUCGAUUCAGCCUAGAGGGGGGGCGCACUGACAGUCGAAUGCAAAGUUCAGACAGGUCCUUCACACCCACCCACCAUAACUACUACUCUCCCAGACAUGAAGGCAUAAUGGAUGACAUGCUCACCAGUCACCAGAUUUCAUCGUUGACCAGGGAGAACGAGCGGGAUUCCUACAGGCUCAGUUGGGGCACAGAGAACCUGGAUAACGUGGCUUUGUCCUCCAGCCCCAUCCAUUCUGGCCAUUCCUCUCCGUGCCAUGACCAUGGAGACCACAGCAGCUUCCUGGUUAGCUUCAUGGUGGAUGCCAGGGGCGGAGCCAUGCGGGGUUGCCGACACAACGGCCUCCGCAUCAUCAUCCCACCCAGGAAGUGCAGCGCGCCAACACGGGUCACGUGCAGGCUGGUGAAGAGGCACCGUCUGGCCACCAUGCCCCCUAUGGUGGAGGGCGAAGGCCUGGCCAGCAGGCUUAUCGAGGUGGGGCCCUCUGGGGCCCAGUUCCUUGGUAAACUCCACCUCCCCACCUCUCCUCCACCUCUAAAUGAGGGAGAGAGUUUGGUUAGCAGAAUCCUCCAGCUCGGUCCACCAGGGACGAACUUCCUUGGCCCCGUCAUCGUGGAGAUCCCCCACUUCGCCGCCCUGCGGGGGAAGGAGCGGGAGCUGGUGAUCCUGAGGAGUGAGACUGGAGAGAGCUGGAAGGAGCAUCACUGUGAAUACACCCAGGAGGAGCUCAACCAGAUAUUAAACGGCAUGGAUGAGGAACUGGACACACCUGAGGAGCUGGAGAGGAAACGCAUCUGUCGAAUCAUCACCAGAGACUUCCCACAAUACUUUGCAGUGGUGUCUCGGGUCAAACAGGACAGCAACCUGAUUGGUCCAGAGGGGGGCAUCCUGAGCAGCACCGUGGUGCCCCAGGUGCAGGCAGUCUUCCCAGAGGGGGCGCUCACCAAGAGGAUCCGGGUCGGACUGCAGGCUCAGCCGGUGAGCCUGAACGUUGUGAGGAAGAUCCUGGGGAACAAGGCCACCUUCAGCCCGAUUGUUACCCUGGAACCCCGCAGAAGAAAGUUCCAUAAACCCAUCACCAUGACCAUCCCCGUUCCCACAAGCAGCUCUGACCCAGUCCUCAACGGUUUCGGAGGGGACACGCCCACAUUGCGACUUCUCUGUAGUAUAACUGGUGGAACAACUCCAGCCCAGUGGGAGGAUAUAACAGGAACCACUCCAUUAACGUUUAUCAAUGACUGCGUCUCCUUCACCACCAACGUGUCUGCCAGAUUCUGGCUCAUAGACUGUCGACAAGUCCAAGAAUCUGUCAGCUUCUCCACUCAGGUGUACCGAGAGAUCAUCUGUGUCCCCUAUAUGGCCAAGUUUGUGAUUUUUGCCAAGACCCAUGAUCCCAUUGAAGCCCGCUUGCGCUGCUUCUGCAUGACUGAUGACAAGAUUGAUAAAACACUGGAACAGCAGGAGAACUUCACAGAAGUGGCUCGCAGCCGAGAUGUAGAGGUUCUGGAAGGCAAACCGAUUUAUGCCGACUGCUUUGGAAACCUUGUCCCCCUCACCAAAAGUGGCCAACAUCAUCUGUUCAGCUUCUACGCCUUUAAAGAGAAUAGACUAGCGCUGUUCAUCAAAAUUAGAGACAACACUCAGGAGCCAUGUGGCCGCCUGUCGUUCAUGAAGGAACCCAGGAACUACAGGUCGCUCACCCAGAAUGCCAUAUGCAACCUCAAUAUAACCCUGCCAUCCUACUGUAAGGAGUCUGAUUCCGACCAAGAGGAAGAGACCAGCCGAACGUUCGAGAAAUAUGAAGAGACGGAGACAUCAGCCCUGAAAUCUGAGCUGAUUCGAGAACCAGAUCUUCUAUCCGACGUGUCAGAGAUGAAACAAGAUUUGAUCAAAAUGACUGCCAUCUUGACUGCAGACUCGACAGAGAAAUCCCCUUCCUUAGGAGGGUGUGGGCUAGAGAAAGGGACUGAGGAAGUUUCUGGAGAACCAUUAGAAAUAAUGGAGAAGGACUUAGAGAAAGUCAAAGAGGACCUAGAGAAAGUCAGUGAGAUACUGAGGAGUGGAACAUAUCAGGGCGGAGUGGCAGAGGAGGCAGCAAAAGCAAUUAGAAUAGCUGAGGAGUGGGUUCUCCUUUCAGACACCGAGAUAGAAGAGGCCAAAAAAAUGGCCGCCUUAGAAGUUCAAGAGCCUGUCUUACGUGAAAGUAGAGCUAACAGAGGAGCUCCCAGACCUAAAGCCAUAAAGGACAGUGGUGACCUUAAAGAAUACCUCCUGGAUGCACCAGUAAGCUCCAAAGCAAAGGCUAAACAAGAAGCGAGUGUCCAAGAAAGAUUCACUGAUGUUGUACUUCGCAAAAGUUCAAAAUCAACCACUCCCACCAAAGUCCAUGACAAAACCACCACUGGUGAUGUUAAAAAGCCAGUGAGGAGAAAGGGGAAAGACCAGGGACAGGUAGAGGGAACGAUGGAAGCAGGAGCUCAUUUAAGUGUGCCUGCACCCCCUGUUCCUAAAUCACCUGUAUCUCCAGUAAUUGAAGAAACGCCAAUAGGUUCAAUAAAGGACAAAGUCAAAGCCUUACAACAAAAAGUAGAGGCAGAGCAAAAGAGCAAAAAGGUCACCGGAAGCAAGCCUUCACAUUUACCUGUAAUGAGCAAAUCCUCUCCAAAAGCCAAAGAAACUCCUAAAUCAAAACUGCCCCCUCCUAAAUCCCCUAAAGCCGAAUCUGAAAAACUUGAGGAGACCAUGUCAGUUAAAGAGCUGAUGCAAGCCUUCCAAACAGGGCAGGACCCCUCAAAGAGAAAGUCUGGGUUAUUUGAGGUCAAAACAGCCUCCACAUCAAAAUCAGAGAAACCAACAAAAUCUGAAACCAUCCAGUCAAAGACCAUGACCAAAGCAAUAACACCACGUGUCUCACAAGAAAUAUCGCUGGAUACCAAACCUUCCAAAAAUAAGCCCGCUCUGAAAGACAAAGAGAAAGAAAUAAAGCCAGCUUCUGCUGCCCACUCAGAGCUAACUGAAACAGUAGACUUUGGAAGUGGUGGCCUUGAUGAUAGCUCUGAUAGCUCUAAACAUGAGGGUGUGGCAGACUCAGUAAGUGCCAGUUCUGGAGAGGGAACCAAUCACCUGAUUUCAGAGGACAGUUACAAACAUGAAGGUCUGGCCACUCCAGGCACAAGCCCUGAAAGUCUGUCAGGACAACAGACUUCUUCAGCAGGAGUUAAAAAAGACAUUAAAGACACAGAGAAAUCUGGAGACUCUGGUGUAGGGACCACUGGUGACUACAUGUCUACAGAAAUGGCCCUUCCUGCCUCUUCCAGCAAGGCUGAUGAAGACCAUCCAACAACAGGUUUGCAUGAUGGACCCCACAGCAAGGAGGUCAACAACACAACAUCAGCCACUUUCACUUCAGGGGGACCUCACUCUGUCUCAGACCAGCAUGAUUCAAAAACCAUACCAAAAACUGCACAGGAAGAAAAAGUCCCAUCAUCUGCAAAAGCUGAUAAAGACUUUACUACCAGAGUGGCAUCAACAUCAAACAAUGCAAACAGGACUGAUGAGCAAAAAGAGGAGAGCUUAAGGAAGUCACAGGAAAAUAAAGGAGACCAAAAGUUAGAUGUUAGCAAAGCACAGACUGGUAAGCCAAAACCAGGGAGCAAUGUAACAGAUGAAGUCAAAGAAGACCAAAGGGAGCACGCAGGAGCACCAGAUUCUGUUGCCACAGGUCACAAAAAACCAGAGGUCUGUAUCUAUGAUGACACAGAGGAAGAUGAUGAAGAACUGGAUCUUCCUAGAACUGAGUCGAAAGGUGUCACUGCAAGGGCAAACACAGACUCAUGGUCUGCCCUGAGAGAGGAUGAUGCCACUUUUGCAGCUCGGGUAAAAGAGGAGGAGCAGAAGAUUCUGAAUCUGGUUGUUGAUCGUCAGUCUCUGCAGGCAACUCCAGACACUACACCUGGGAGAACCCCAACAGAGGAAAGCACGCCCACGAGUGAACCCAAUCCUUUCCUUUUCCAAGAAGGGAAGCUCUUUGAGAUGACGCGAAGUGGUGCCAUUGAUAUGACUAAGAGAAGCUAUGAGGAGGAGGGAGGUGGCUUUGCAUUUUUCCAGAUAGGUGAACAGCCUUUAGAGGAACCUGUCUUAGAAGAGGCCAGGGAAGAAGGUAGAGCAGCAACAGAACAUGAAGUUGGUUUGAAUCUUACACUAGAGGUUAAGAUCGAGGAAGAUGAGAUGUCAAAUGAAACAACUGACUCCCCACCAGAGGGGGAUCAGCCAGGUGUUAGGGCCGAUGCCUCCAAAUCUAAAAUCCCUAAAAUGGGCAUUUCCGCUUCAACCAAAUCUACAAAGAAAGAUCAGACUUCCUCUGAACUUUCAGAGACUAAAACUGAUAAAAAUGUAAAUCAGGGAUCCUUAGAUUUAGAUACAAGUUCGCCUGAACAGAUGAUAACAAAUGUAGAGACUGCAGAAACUACAGUCACUAGAUCGGUUUACUCAGAGCAGGGACAGGAGUCCUCUGAUUCCUCUCCAGAGGAGGCCCAGUCGGUGAUAGAAGCCCCCAAAACAAAAAGCAAAUCUAAACAAAAUGCUUCUAGUAGCGUUAAAAAGACUCCAGUCAAAGCACAAGCUAAGUCUUCUUCUCAAGGUCGGGGCAAAUCAAUGAUUCCUUCACCUUCUCAUUCAACGUCUUCCUCAACCGCCUCUAAAAAAGACGCCUCCAUCAGUUCUGAAUCUAAAUCUAGAAUUCCCAUCAAGGCUGGCACUGUAAAGCCCGAUUCGAAUGCCAAACGAGCUGAAUCUACCCAAGAGAAAAAGCUUAAGGUUUCCGUAAAAAAGGAUGCACGGAGAAAAUCUGAGACAGAUGCAGGUCCCUCUGUGGACAUAAAAACGAAGACACCAUCUUCCAAAGCCAAGAGCUUCUGUGAGGGGGAGUCUUCCAGGUCUUCUGUUAAAAAAGAACAGGGUCGUCCCCUGAGUGCUGAGUCAGCAAAAUCUAAAGGCUUCCAGUCCAGGUUGCCUGUCCGGGGCAAAAGUGGUCAGUUGUCCCAUUCAGCAACGCCCACCAAAGAGAAAAGUGACCUGCCCAAACAGUCCAUUGAGUUCUUUGAAGAGAUAAGUGAUGAAGCGGCAAAACUUGUGGCAAGAUUGGCACAAGCAGAGACAGAGAAAGAGCAAGAGGCUUUAGCCACCCUCUCAGAUGAUGAGAGCAGUCUGAUUGAUCCAUCGAUCAUAGAAAGAGAAACUUUCCCUGAGCUGCAGUUCCCUCCGUCAGGAGCCGUCUUUCCCAUUAGACCACUGUGGGACGACCCUGUUGAAACACAGAUGCAGCGAAUCCCAGACGAUAAAGUCCAAAGUCAAGUAGAUCCACAGGAUGAGGCAGAGAGAAAAGAACAACGGUUGGCCAUUAUAGCCGACCACCUGGGCUUCAGCUGGACUGAGUUAGCAGGAGAACUGGACUUCAGUGAGGAGAAGAUCAACUUGAUACGGGCUGAAAACCCCAACUCACUGCUGGACCAAAGCCACGCUCUUUUGCACGCCUGGGCAGAGAGGGAGGGCCAGCAUUCGACAGCAGAAGAGACUCUUAUCAAGAGACUGACCAAGAUUAACCGAAUGGACAUUGUCCACCUUAUUGAAACCAAGAUGAACAAAUCGACUCAAGAGGAGACAUCGUCACAUACCUAUGCAGAGAUCGAGCGGACCAUGGCCCUGGACCACAGUGAAGGUUUCUCUGCCCUCCAUGAAGAUAUUGACAGUCCUAGACCUGGCAGACGUAAGGACACUACAGGUAGAAGUCCAGGAUCAGGACAAGAAGUGCCCAUGGUAUCAGCAGAAGACCUGUCUUCCAGUUUGUCAUCACUUCAUGACAUGUCAGGAAGAUCUGAAGCCGGCUCCACUGCAGCAGGCCGUCUCAGAAACGCCCAAAAAGAAAAACUGCAAAAGGAGAUGGAAACGACACACUCAUCACAAAGAAUAUAUGAGGAAAUCUCAGACGCGGUGCAGACAGGCAGUUAUAAACAUGCAGAUAACCUGCCAGAUAUCCCUGCACAGACCGUCACCGAGGAAAAGUUUACCGAUGAGCACGGCAAUAUGGUGGUGAAGAAAAUCACACGGAAGGUGAUUCGUAAAUAUGUGUCUCCGGACGGCUCAGAAACACAGGAAGUGACCAUUGAGGGCUCCCACCAGGAGACGGUGCAGAUAGAGGAGGGAGACGCCGUCUCCAGGGUGGUGAAGAGGACGGUGCUUCACAGCGAGGGAGAUCAGAAGGAGCUGACCUUCUCAGAGCCUUUGGCUCUGGGCACCGCCACAUCAUCAGAGUUUGAGGUGGAGCCUGUACAAGGUCGGAAGGUCAGCAAAGUCGUCAAGACAACGGUAGUGAGAGGCGAGAGGAUGGAGAAGCAGAAAGGAGACCCGUCACUGGCUGCAGAUCUCCCCUCUGCCCGAGAGGACUUUGAGAAGAAGUCAGAUGUGUAGAUGGCGGACCCAGAAGAGGACGGUGGUGAGGGAUGCCCAGGGGAAGCAUGUGCACCUGGAGCGUCUGGAGGACACCCCAGACGCCCUGCAGCCUGACGCUCUGCAGCAGCACCUGCAGCAAUUGCUCCAGCAGUACUGUGAGGACAGCCAGGAGGAAGAGGAGGAUGAAGAGGAGGAGGAGAGAACUGACUGAGCAGCUGGGAGAUCCGCUCCCUGCAUCUUCAUCUGAAGCCUUCCUGGUCUUCAUUUCCUCGCUUGUCCUUCCUUUUUGUGGAACUUUUUGUGCUUUAACUUUUCCUUUUUGCUCUGAUUGUGACCAAAGAAAGCACCCUUCGUAGUUUUGGGUGGUUCUUGCUGGUGUCUCCCCUCCUUUUUAUUUCAACCCUCCUGCUGCUGUGGUGUGAUGAAGGUUUGACGUGAGAAAGGGGGCAUUGUGGACAUUUCGCCUCCCACACGGGUCUCUUCUUGGAAAAAAAAAACUUGUAGACUUUUGUACAUAUGGGAGAUGGAAGAAAUCAGGCAAGAUUGAAAGCAUUUAAUACAUCCGCCCACCUAAAGCAGCUGUAGACGGCGUAGCUGGAGAACGGCCACCAUACCCAUGAGAUUAACGCAACCCUGGGGGAGUGAAUGUCUGCAUCGUUGUGAACUCCAGACUUGUCUUCAUGUGUGUCGUGUGUUCACACAUUACCUUAAUGAAGCUGCCACCUUGUGUGUGUGUAGAUAUAGUGUUUAUGAGAAAGAAUCUAGUGAUGAGGAAUGUUUCCAUGCAGAUUGAGCACUUACCCCUCCCCCACCUAUCCUGAUGUGUGCUUCACUUCCACAUAUGCAGCUUUCCUUCACAAAACUUUUGAAAGAACCCAUUUGGCUUCUUGAUGUCAACCAGUCCCAUGAAACCAGACCUGUGGGUGUCUUUUCAAUCUUGGAUCAGCUUUAAUGCAUUAAAACCAUCAUUUUCCCCAAAUAACAGUCCCCGCCAGAGAUAGAAAAAGUCUCUGAAUCAGGCCUAAAAGUUGGGUUAUCUACCAAAUGAGGCGGCAACUCGAAAGGCUUAUAUAGAUUAUAGUUUACCUUUUAUAGAUUUUUGGGGUGUCUAUAGGCAGCCAAUCAUCUUUCUCCCCUCCAAAAUGCCGCUUGCUCGUCUUCUGGUCGGAGCGCGUAAGAGAGAUCACAUUAGGCUUAUUUUAGCAUCGCUUCAC